AUGUCUCCUACCAUCAACGUCGCCAUCGUCGGUGCCACGGGCCAUACCGGAGCCAGCGUGGUCGAUGGCCUGCUCGCUUCCGGGACGAAUUUUUCUAUAACAGCGCUUGCCCGAGAGUCUUCGAUUAACAGUGACGCCAACCAAUCGCUUCGGGAUCGCGGGGUCAAGGUAGUCUCCGCCGACUUAACCGGUUCGCAAGAUGCGCUUGUCGGCAUUUUGACGGGCAUCGAGGUCGUCAUCUCAUGCAUCGUCUUCUCGUCCCUGAAGGAUCAGGUUCCCCUCGCCGAGGCGUCGAAGAAGGCCGGCGUCAAACGCUUCGUGCCUUGCAACUUUGGCACGCCUGCGCCGAGGGGCAUUAUGUGGCUCGAUGACCAGAAAUACGAAAUCAUCGACGCUAUCCAGCGUCUCUACCUCCCUAUACCGUCAUCGACGUAG